AUGGCAUGGUCCAAGAAAGCUUGCAUUGUGUUCUUUGAUGAAAUUGAUGCCAUUGGUGGUGUAAGAUAUGAUGACGGUAAAGGCGGUGAUAACGUACUAUGCUUGAGAUUGCCAAUUAGCUUGAUGGGUUCGACGCACGUGGUAACAUCAAGGCCCGACUUACUGGACCCUGCUCUUAUACGUCCUCGACGUAUUGACCGUAUGGUUGAGUUUUGUCUUCCUGAUCUAGAGCGCAGAACAGAGAUCUUCAACCAUGAACCAUGA